AUGCUCUCAGACACGGCCCUCAGUCUGAGAGCAGACCCCCUGAGUACCACUUCUCAUAUUGACAAUCAUUUUGGAGACCUCAGGACCUGGUUUUGUCCUGGUCUUGAGGACAAGCAGAAAUCUUUACCUCUAUUUUGCAACGUGGACGUGGACAUUUCACCCUGCCCUCUAUUCCUGAAGCCUAGUGUUUACAGGGACGGGGACCUGCUGCUGGAUGGCUUCUUCCCCCUCUACUCUUGGAAAUCACAACUAGACCUACAACAACUCUAUUGGCUGUCCAAGCCAAUCCAAACUUCACCUAAAUGGCUUCCAAAACAGAGCUACUCCAUGCAGCAUGAUGGUGAACAUUGGCAUUUGUCAUCACCUUCAGAUAAGUGGUGGCAGUUAAACAAUUAUCAUUACGUUCUGGCCUUUCUCUUUGCCAUUGAAGAGAUCAACAAGGACCCCCGUCUGCUCCCUAAUUUGACACUCGGUUUCAAUCUCUAUAAUGCCUUUAAUAAAAAUGACAAGCCUUUGGAGAACAUCUUCUUUUGGUUCUCAGGAGGGAAUCAGACUGUCCCUAAUUAUAGAUGUCAGAAACAAAGCAAAUCUGCCGCCAUUAUUGCAGGAACCACACCAGAAUUCUCAUCAAAUAUUUCACCACUUUUGGAACUCUACAAAAUUCCACAGGUCACUUAUGGACCAUAUCAUUCUUUACUGAGUGACAAAGAUCAGUUCCCAUCACUCUAUCAAAUGGCUGCUAAAGACAACUUCCUGACACAUGGACUGGUUUUGCUAUUCUUGCAUUUUGACUGGACUUGGGUGGGAAUCGUUGUUUCUGAUGAUAUAAACAGUUAUAAAUUUGUCUCAAUGUUGGAGGCAGAGAUGUUGAAAAAAUAUAUAUGUGCUGUCUUUAUGCUGACAUUACCUACCUCAUGGAUAUGGAAUGACAAUUUAGAUGUUGAAAAAAUACCUCUCCUGGCUGAUCAUGAAAAAGUAAAUGUCUCUGUAGUGCAUGGUGAUUCUGAAAUUAUUAUGGGUAUAUACUUCUAUCGAAGAACCUUUGAACUUUUAGGUAAGAUGUGGGUUAUAGCCACAGAGUCAUAUAUUGACUUGCAUAGGGUGAAGCAUAUAAUGGACUUUUUCCAUGGAAGUCUCUCAUUUUUACCGCAGAAGAGAGAAGUGCCUGGUUUUGAAGACUUUAUUAAAACAUUCAACCCUUCAAAAUAUCCAGAAGAUUUUUAUUUAGAGAAAUUUUGGCUUGACACAUUUGAAUGUUCAUUUUCUGGGUCACUAUGUAGAAAAUUCAAAGACUGUCUGCCAAAUAUUUCCCUAGAGUUUAUACCAGGAAAUACAAUCAUGCCUGAAUCCAGCUAUAUUGUCUACAAUGCUGUGCAUAUAGUAACCAGAGCCCUCCACGAGAUGUUUCAGGAGGAAACAGAAACAGGAUUGACAAGAGAUGCAAACAUCCCAAUGCUUCUCUCUUGGCAGCUUCACUUAUUUCUCAGAAACAUCCAGUUUACUAACAGCAUUGAGGAACACAUAUCCUUGGAAGACCAAAGAAAGUCAGUAAAACGAUACGAUAUCCUGAACACUGUGUCAUUUCCUGCAGCUCAUGACUUCCUAGUUAAGGUGGGAGAGUUUGUCAUCAAUGGUCAAAAUAACCAAACCUUGGUCCUCAAUAAAGAGGCCAUAGAAUGGCCUAUUGAACUGGAAAAGCCUCCCAUAUCAGUGUGUACACAGAAGUGUGGUCCAGGAUUCAAGAAAGUUAUACAGGCUAAGGCAAUCUGCUGCUUUGAAUGUGUCUUUUGUCUGACAGGGGAGAUUUCAAAUACACAAGAUGCACAAGACUGUAUCCAGUGCUCAGACCAAGAAUAUUCAAACCAAGAGAGAACACACUGUUUCCCCAAGUUGGUGACCUACUUGUCCAUUGAAGAUUGCUUGGGGAUGGCUCUGGCCUGCACAGCUUUGUGCUUCUCUAUCAUCACAGUGGUGGUUUUGUGGAUCUUUGUGAAGCACCAAGACACCUCCAUAGUCAAGGCCAAUAACAGGACUCUCAGCUACAUCCUGCUCAUCUCCCUCCUCCUCUGCUUCCUCUGCUCCUUUCUCUUCAUUGGUCGGCCACACCCAGUCACCUGCAUCCUCCAGCAAAUCACAUUUGGACUUGUGUUUACUGUGGCUCUUUCCACUGUGUUGGCAAAAACCAUUAUUGUGCUGUUGGCAUUCAAAUCCAUGAAGCCAGGAAGAACCAUGAGGUGGCUGUUGGCAUCAGGGGCUUAUAACAAUGUCAUUCCCAUCUGCACUCUUGUCCAAGUGGUUAUCUGUGGUAUGUGGUUGGGACUGUCUCCCCCCUUCAUUGAUGUAGACACACACUCUGAGCCCAGGCAUCUGCUCAUCAUUUGUGACAAGGGCUCAGUCGCUGCCUUCUACUGUGUGCUGGGCUACCUGGGCUCCUUGGCCCUGGUCAGCUUCUCCUUGUCCUACCUUGUCCGCAACCUGCCUGAUGCCUUCAAUGAAGCCAAGUUCUUGACCUUCAGCAUGCUGGUGUUCUGCAGCAUCUGGGUGACCUUUCUGCCUGUCUACCAUGGUGCCCAGGGCAAGCUCACGGUGGCCUUGGAGAUCUUCUCCAUCUUGGCCUCCAGUGCUGGUCUCCUAGUGUGCAUCUUUGCUCCCAAGUGUUACAUUAUUCUGAUUAGACCUGACAAGAACUCUUUGAAAUACUUAAAGAGUAAAAUGGAUCCCAGGAGAAAUGCACACACUUAGGUUUAUUUUAUUUUAUUUUAUUUUAUUUAUUCCCUUUUGUUGUCCUUGUUAUAUUGUUGUAGUUAUUUUUGUUGUUGUCAUCAUUGUUGGAUAGGACAGAGAGAAAUGGAGAGAGGAGGGGAAGACAGAGAGGAGGAGAGAAAGACAGACACCUGCAGACCUGCUUCACUUCCUGUGAAGUGACUCCCCUGCAGGUGGGGAGCUGGGGCUUGAACUGGGAUCCUUAUGCCAGUCCUUGUG